AUGAGCGACUGGGACUCCGUUACGCGCAUUGGAAGCAAGAACCGUGGUGGCCCUGCCAUCCGCGAGACCGUCGUCAAGGGCAAGAGUGCUCUGAACGCCGCUCAGCGCCAGGGUCUCGUUAUUGGAACUGAGAAGAAGUACGCCACUGGUAACGCUGCCGGACGCUCCGGUGCCCCUGAGGGCCAGCACUUGACCAAGGUCGACCGCAGCGACGACAUUGUCAAGCCCAAGACCGUCGGCCACCAGGUCGCCGAUGCCAUCAAGAAGCGCCGUACCGACGAGGGCUACAAGAUGACUCAGAAGGAACUCGCCACCAAGUGCAACACCACCGUCACCGUCAUCCAAGACUUCGAGCGCGGCAGCGCUGCUCCCGACCAGAAGGUCCUGAGUGCCAUGGAGCGCGUCCUCAACGUCAAGCUGCGAGGCUCGGACAUCGGAGCAGAGAAGUUCCCCAAGAAAAAGUAA